AUGGACUCCAUCGCUGGAGCUCCGCCUCACGCAGCCACCCCUCCACUGUCUCGACCGACACCGUUCCCCGGCCGGGAAGACUGCUGGUCGGAGGAAGCCACGUUCACGCUCAUCGAGGCAUGGGGCGACCGCCACCUCGAACUCAACCGCGGUAACCUACGCCAGAGGCACUGGCAGGAGGUCGCCGACGCCGUCAACGCUCGCCACGGUCACGCCGGCGCCAGGGCCCGCCGCACCGACGUGCAGUGCAAAAACCGCAUCGACACGCUAAAGAAGAAGUACAAGAUCGAGAAGGCUAGGGUUUCCGACUCCGGUGAUUCCGCCACCGCAUGGCCUUUCUUCCUCCGCCUCGAUUACCUUAUCGGCGACAAUUUCCCGGCGAAGAGGCCCUCCCCGCCGGAGGCCACCUCCGCCGAUCGACGGAGCACUCCUCCGGCGAAGUCCCCAGCGUGGGCCCUCAUUCCGGUCGGUCCUCGAUCCCGCUCGCUGAAGCGGCCGGCGCCGGUAGCGCCGGCAGCAGAGAGUGUCGCAGACUCGUACUUCCGGCGGAAUUUCUCGGUUUUUGCGGCGGCCGCCGCGGCCGCCGCCGAGGCCGAUAGCGAUAAUUCGAACGGUUCUAAAUGGAGCAGCGGGAGUGAGAAGAGAGAGAAGAAGAAAAGAGGAAGGGAUUGGGAAUUUGGUUACCGAGAGGUUGCAGAAGCAUUGGAGAGGUUUGGGGAGAUUUAUGAGAGAGUUGAAGAGGCGAAACAGAGGCAAAUGGUGGAGUUGGAGAAACAGAGAAUGCAGUUUGCUAAGGAUUUGGAAACCCAGAGAAUGAAACUCUUCAUGGAAACUCAGCUUCACUUGCAAAAAAUGAAUCGCUCCAACUCCAAACGUUCCUCUGCAACUGGUUAG